AUGCCCUCCGACUCGGAGAAGAUCGCGCCCGCAACGGCCGCCUCGUCAUCCACCGACGACCGCGAAAAGAGCACUGAACAGGCUGAGAUUGCCCCGGACGAUGUGCACCGGAAUGCGCUCGAGGUGUUGAAUGACUCGCCUGAAUCUCGCGCCCGCGAGCGCGCCUACUUGUGGAAGCUCGACACUAUCAUCUUGCCCGUCAUCUCCGCACUGUACUUUUUCGAGUACAUUGAUCGCGGAAACAUUGCCAACGCAAAACUCCUGGGCAUUUCGAGCGGCCACGACACCUCUGAUAAUGGCGUUGGUUCCGGUACCACAUCGCUCUCCUCGGUGCAGUGGCAGACCGUUGUCAUGAUCUUUUACGUCGGCCUGGUGCUGUUUCAGGUCCCGGGCUGUCUGGGAUACCGAAUCUUUCCUCCGUCCAAGUGGAUCGCCUUCUCCGUCUGUUCGUGGUGUGUGGUGUGCGUGCUUCAGACAGUGGCAUUCAACGAAGCUGGUCUUCUCGUCUGCCGCAUUAUGAUGGGUGUGUUUGAGGGACUGUUUGGCACUGGCAUUGUGUAUUAUCUGAGCCUGUGGUAUCGCCGCGACGAGAUGGGCAUGCGAGUGUUUUGGUUCCUUGGUCCGACCGCCGUCGCUGGUGCGUUUGGCGGUCUCAUCGCCUAUGGUGUCGGCCAUAUCAACUCGCACGUGCAGAACUGGAGACUGCUGUUCGUCAUCGAGGGCAUCCCCGGUUUCCUGCUCGGCCUAUUCUGUCUGUGGUGUCUGCCCGACCGCCCGCUGAAGAACUCGCGCUUCAACGAGCAGCAGAACGAAGUCGCCGUAGCGCGCUAUCACCGGGAUGCCUACGACCGGGCUGGCAAGAUCCAGUGGAAGCACGCCCUCUGGACGCUGACGGACUGGAAGGUGUAUAUGCAGGCUUCUAUCUACGUCCCAACAGCGGCGCUGCUUUCCUCCAUCUCCGGUUUCUUACCGACUUUGAUUCAGAAUCUCGGAUAUCACUCGUCGUCCAGCGCAAACUUGAUGACAGUCCCCCCGUACGCAUGCGCCUUUGGCCUGAUGUUGCUUACUUCGUACUCGUCUGAUCGAUUCCGUGACCGCGGCCUGCACAUGGUUGCUCUCUCGACCCUCGCCGGCGUUGCCUACAUCUGCCUCGCGACUCUGGGCGAGGACCAACUACAUGCCAAGUACGCAAUGGUGUGUAUUGCGGUCGCCUGCGUCUACUCGACCUACCCACCCACCCACGCCUGGACAGCCAACAAUUUUGGCAACGAAACCAAACGGGCCAUCGGCAUGGGCAUCUACACGUCCAUUGGCAAUCUGGGCUCGAUCGCCGGCAGCUUCUUCUUCCCGUCAACCGACGGCCCUCAGUUCCGCAAGGGCCACUGGGUCUGUUUUGCCAUGUGUGUGGCCACAGCCGUGCUCUCGUUGACAAAUCACUGCAUCCUCGAGCGCAUCAACCGCUACCGUGACGAAAAGUACGGCAAGCCAGAUCCGAACGUGGUUAUUGAUGUGAGCGAAGAAGCGGACCGGAAUGUGAUGUUCCGAUUUAUCACUUGA